AUGGACACAACAAAGCGCGUCACCGACACGGCCCAGCGUCUCCUUCGAACAUGGCUCUCGCUGAACAACGCCCUGAUCUUGUCUUCCUCGGCCAUCAUUACGGGCAUUUUGGCUCACUUCAUCCGCAAAUACCAUGAGCGCGGAACACAUGUCAUCUUUCAGGAGGCCAUCGCCGUUGUAACCCUCUUCCUCUACCUCUUCGCCAUGUUCGCUCCAGCCCUCAAGGGAUAUCGUGGCUACCUCUUGCCGCUCAACCUCGCCCUCUCCUAUUUGUGGUUGACCAACCUCAUCUUUUCUUCCCAAGACUACAGCGGCCACAGGUGCCACUACCACAGCCCCGCGCACAGAGGACACUGUAGCUUGAAGCAUGCCGUUCAAGCUUUCAACAUUCUGGGAUUCACUUCCCUCCUCUCAUCCGUCGUGGCCGAGACGUUGAUGUGGUUCCGCUCCCGUGGGUCUUCUCCCGGUACCACCGGCAGCCGUCUUGGCAAUGGAGAAAAGGGUUCAGCGCCGUUGACAUCUAAUCCUGGGGCUACAACAGGUGGUCCGACUACGACUGAUGCGACGAAUGGGACUCGUGUCUAA